AUGUUGGAUAUAAUGCCAUUACAAAGAUUAAUGUUGCUACAUUGGACUAUAAUAACGUUGUCAACACAACUUGUUAUAUGUGCAUCAUUAUAUUCGAAUAUGGACUCAAUAUCAAUUCCUGUAAAUGAGCAACAGCCUCAAAUAAAUCCAACGACAUUUCCAGUGAGGAGGGAAUUUUUAUGCAACAGUCAAGAACAAGAGAAAUUUUUACCAGAUGACGGUAGUGAGUCGAGUAUCGUGAUGGAUUUGCGACCCGGCAGGACGUUAAAUUCAUGCAAGCGGUACUUUAUAGCACCCGAGAUGAGUGGCUUAUUUAUACGACUCGUUAGAGGAGAUGAUUAUUUUAAUAAUAACACGAGGAGAAAUCUCACUGAAUUUUGUCCGCUAAGUAUUACGCCAUUAGGCGAUGAGCGGCAAUCACCUUGGAGAUUUGAUCCAUGUCAAAUGGAAACAAAUAAUGUAAAUGAAGAACAAAUGAAAAUCCUUCAAGGUCGUGUGAAAGUUUUGUGGGUUCAUGGAUCAAAUGAGCCAAAUUAUAAAUUAAUCAUCACCGUAGUGUCAAAAGGGGAUUCUUGCAGACAUAAAAGCAAGCAUCCAUGCUUGAAAUUUGGAGAUGAUCCACUUUUAUGUAUAUCUGAAGACCUCAUAUGUGAUGGAAUCAGGCAUUGUCCACUUGGUGGAGGAAUGUUGAGUGACGAAGAUGAUAGUUUAUGUAAAAAGCAUAAAAUUGAUGAUCAUGAUAUUAGAAACAAUCUACAAAAGUCAUCAAUAUGGCAGCAUUUAACGCUGGGAAUAUUUCAGAAUAUUUUCGGACCAAUCGAGUCAACGUCAGCUAUAUCAUCGAUGAAUCCUCUUCCGGGUCAUCCAGAUGCGGAUGUUCGUCCAACACUUGCCACUCAUCAUUAUCCUGAUCUCAAGCCACUUGACUCAACUAAUGAACGUGUAAAUAGUUUUAAUAAUAGACCAAAUAAUAAUAAUAGUAACAAUAGUAAUAAGCAGCAAGAACAAAGUGAAGUACGAUUUAUUAAAACACCAAGAAAGAACGCAAAAGCCAAUAAUCUCUCACGAUAUGGAUCGUGGGGAUACAUGAUGCUAGGUAUGCUCACCGUCAGUGUAGUACUUUUAAUGUGCGGCAUAUGGGAAUGCAUACGACGAGUACAGAAAAGUGACGUGCUAGAACAUUUCAAUGCAAAUGGUGAGCCCAUUGAGACUUUGAGUCAAGAGCACGGGAAUGACAACAAUUGUCCACAAUAUGAUCCACCACCACCAUAUUCAAGUUUAUUUCCAUUAGCUAAAGAUUUUAAUUCAACAUCAAAUUCUGACAAUUCAGGGCCACCAUCAAUUUAUUUUACAGCGUCAUCAGCGACAUUUUUACCAUCCGCACCAUCACCUCCGGGUUCAUUAGAACUUCAACUACCUCAUAAUGGACAAAGACAAACACAUCAGCGAGUUGAUGUUGAUACAUCUGCCAGUCCAGCUUGA